UGAGCUUAUGGCUUGUAAAAGUCAGCUUGAAAAGACGGAGAAGAGCUACAGCGUAUCCAGAAGUGAGCUUAUGGCUUGUGAAAGUCAGGUUGAAAAGACGGAGAAGAGCUACAGCGUAACCAGUACUGACGCUAAUGAAGCUGAAGGUGUUACAAGAACUCAUAGAAAGUAUGUAAAGGAACAAAGAAAAAGGACAAAUGAAAAUAUCAGACGUUGUAAAGACGAAAAGUCUCAGAUUGAAGUCGAUCUAGCGGAGAUUAGGACCAAAUUGCUGAUGUUGGGAAAACAUAUCAAGGACUUAGAAAAGAAGACCAAGGAAACGGGAAAACAAAAGCAUGCAACUAACACGAAGAUAGCUGAGCUGACGAUUGAAAUUGAUAAAUUAAAAGAAGAGAAAAAGAAACUUCAGCAGGAAAAGGAGAUUUUAUUUCAGACAAUGGAUAAUAUUAACAAGAAAAUAAGUGCCGAGGAAAGUGCGCGAGAAUGUUUAGAUCGUCUGGAUGCGGUCAUCGGGCUCAAUACAACGUUACUAAACAAAAUUAAUAUGCUAGAAGAGCAACGACAUUCAAUCAUUGGAAUUAAAGGUGCUCCGCUAAGAUAUCAACCAAAAAGAAAAGUUCCGGAACCGUUGCAAUUGAAUGAUAAAUUGUGACGUGACUUAGUCUAUAACAAUCUUAAUACGGAUGAACUCAGAUGGAAACCUCGCAUUUCGUUUUCAUUCAAGGAAAAUGUAAAGAAAGUCCUCGGAAUUUAACGUUAUCUCCAAAGCACCGACAACUGCGGUGCUAUUACUUUAGCUUAUUUUCUUCUAUGAGCAGCACUUUUAAUAUGCAACGGUAUUAAGUGACUAGUCCAUGGUCUCAGAAUCGGUAAUUAACAAGUAAUCGGCCAUUUUUAGUACCGCGAGAUAAGAUACCGGGAGGACAUUCUAAUAACUUUAAUAAAUUGUUUUGUUUAUAAAAAAAUAUUUUGUUUAACCAUACAGUUACUUCAUCGUUUCUUUUAACCUGUAUCAUACAGGUGCAUAGGUAAAUGAAAGGUAGACUUAUCAUUACAUUGAUUGAUUUAAUUUUAUUAUAUAUAAACAUCAGAUGUAUCGAUAAAAAUUGUAUGAGUGAAAUAUUUCCUGUUUAUGGUAAUUGCGUUUUUAUUCACGUCAUUUCACACAUAAAUAAUUCGAAUCAAUUAUUAUUUCAAGAAACAGAUUGUUGAGCAACGCUACAUUUUUGCAUGUGACAAUAAACACCUUAA